UUUUUUUGAAAAAUCAGAAUCAGCUGACCCGCAUUUUGAGGCAGUUACAGGAGCAGUUGGAGCUUGUGUUUUCCUCUUAGUUUUUGUUGCUAUCAUAUUGUUUAUAUUGAGGCAGAGACGAAAUAAAAGUAAAAAAACUGAUGAAAGGGAGGAAACAAUGGGAUUUUCAACCAUGGAUGAAAACUUGAUUAAAAGUAAGAGAAAGACAGCUGAUAAGACUGGAAUCCAAAAUGACGUUUUAAAAUCUGAUACAAAAGAAAGAAGUGAAGGUCUGAUAUCAAACUUAACUGGUUUGACAAAAUGUCUUUCUGAAAUCAAAAGUACCAAGAUGGAAGAAGAAUAUAAGGCGAUUCCAAAAGGAGAGUUACACUCAUGCAUUGAAGGGAAAAGACAGGAAAAUAAAUCCAAAAAUAGAUAUACAACAAUAUUUCCAUAUGAUCACUCUCGUGUUAUUAUCAAUACAGUCGAGUCGAACUACAUAAAUGCCAACUAUAUCGAGGAUGUAUUUGGAAAGAAAAAGUACAUAGCAACACAAGGUCCAAAGGAUAGUACAAUUGCUCAAUUCUGGAGAAUGGUCUGGCAAGAAAACGCAAGAAUCAUCGUUUGUCUUACAAAUAUUAGUGAAGCCAAGACUAAAAAAUGUGCUAAGUAUUGGCCGGACCUUAACGAUAAACACAUGGAAGGGGACAUCAGCGUGCGCUGCUAUAAAGAGCAACCCUAUGCAGAAAAUGUCGUCAGGCAUCUUCGAAUAAAAAACAUUUCAGAUAAGACAGAGCGAGACGUGUUCAUGUUCCACUACACUCAGUGGCCAGAUCACGGGGUCCCAGAACCUCUCAGUCUAGUUGUGUUCCAUCGUCACUUGAUGAAAACUGUAGAGAAUCAUCCCAUGGGAUACAUUGUGGUACACUGCAGUGCAGGUAUAGGUAGGACUGGAACCUUUAUAGCAUUAGAUGCCUUGUAUAAGGAAGGGGAGAGAACUGGAAAAGUGAACGUUCCACAGUAUGUAGAGAAGAUGAGGAACGCCAGGAUGAACAUGAUACAAGGAGAGGAUCAAUACAAGACCGUAUAUAUGGCGUUACUUGAGGCUUUCAGAGGACGACUCCGUGCUGUGCCAGUAGAUUUUUUUCUAAAGGAAUUUCAGGAUCAUUCUUGCUACUUAGAUUAUGGAGACGUUUCCAAACAUUCGCCGUUUGUCUUAGAGUUUGAGGAACUGUUGUCCUUUAGAAAAGUGUAUACACAUGGUGAUUAUAAAUCUGGAAUGUCGAACAUAGCAGCAAACUAUGUUCCAAGUGUCUUACCAGUUGAGAGAUACCUUUGUCCAUUAACAACAGAAAAUAUAUACUACAACGCAGUCUGUUUACAGUCGUUUACCCGAUGUGACCGAUUCAUCAGUGCCCAAUUCCCUCUACCGGACUAUACAGAACACUUCCUGACCCUUGUGAAGACUUACUAUACAUGUACCAUCGUAUCGCUGUAUCCUCUAGGGGAAGUCAAAUCGACUUCUCUCUGGCUACCAACAAAGAAUGAACAAAAAACCGUUGGACUUUUUACCAUCAAAUUGGCUGAGAGUACACAGGCAAAAUAUGUGGCCAAGACUAACAUUACACUACAGCAAAAGGGAGGCAGCAGCAUGCGAGUUGCUGUACUGGAGUGUAAAGGGUGGGAAGAUGAGUAUGACAGCAAGAGUAGAAGAAUACUGAUUGACCUUGUUCAAGAAGCCAAAAUAGAGGAAAGGACCCAUCCUACUGGGAGAAUACUUGUCCUCUCCAGCGAUGGUGCUAAACGGUGUGGUCCAUUCUGUGCUGUAUUUAACGCCCUGGAACAAAUGAUGAUGGAUGAAGAAGUGGACUUAUUUACCAUCACACGACAGCUUCAGACUCGGAGACCAGAGUUUUUGUCUAGUCUGGAGGAAUACCAGUUUUGUUUCGACACGAUUUCAGACUACCUACAGAAUGACACUUUGUAUGCAAACAUUUAGACUUUUGGAAAACAUUUCGGAGUGUUGUUCAACAAAACAAUUUUAUUUAGUGCUCAGAAUCUAGUACAUGUAUACAACAUUCUGGAUCAGUCUGUGAUGAACAAUAGGUUUCCCUCUAUUUUAUACUACAUUAGAUUUUUUUCCAUUCAAAUGAAAAUUGUGUUGUGUUUACUAGCAGAAUUGUUUUCUAUUCAUUUAUGAAAAAUAAUAUCUGAUCAUUGAAUUAAUUUAGAUGAACUUAACAUUUGUGUUCAACUAUUAGACCUUGAAUAAUUUGAAUCAAUGAAAAUACUUGCUAACUGUGUUAUGCUGUAAAGUUUACAUAUAGAAAGUGUCAUCUCAUUUACACAUUCUUAUAUUUUUAAUUGUUGGCUGUUAUAUUUUUUGUUGCAGUUGUUUUAUUGCAUGCUUAUUUGUUUGUUUUUUAUUGUUGAAUUUAGUGAAUAUUGUUAAAAUAUCGUCAAUUGUUUUCCACGUAAUUUCAUGUCAAGCAGAACAUAAAUCCCUACAUUUUGCAUUAGUACGGACAUAGUUUAUGUUUGUUGAUUAUUUCUAUCACUUUGAUAAAACCAUAUCUCUAUCGGCUUCUACAAAUUUAUUUAUAAAAUUAUUUUUGUAUAUUUUUAUAUUUUGCCUUGUUUUGAGAUUUAAAAUCUACAGUGUUUUAAAAAAAUGUGUUUGAUAUUUGUAAAAUUUGAACCAAAUGCUUUUUUAUAGUUUAUGCAAGAAAACAAAUUAGAGCUACAUGUAAUGAGAUACUGGUUUUCAUGAUAAACCCACGUACCUUGUCUGUAUGUUGAUUUUCCUACUGAAUGGACACUAGAUAGUCAGAAAACAUAUUAAAGCGAUAUUUAAAAUUUAAUGUAAUUCAAAUAAUCAUCUUGACUAUUGCACAGAUUAAGUUAAAAAAAAAAAGAACAUUGUGCAGUUGAAGUUAAUUUUCAAGAACAAGGAGAUAUCAUAAACAUUUAAGACAAAUAAGUAGAAUCAAUAUAUGAUGCAUAAUUUCUAGAAUAGAGGUGACCCAAAAUGGCUACCCAAAAACACAGGAAUGACCCUCUUUAAACUACAUUAAAAACUACCUUUCCGCGCAAUGUUCUUGUCAACCAAGUCCAAUAACGAUAAAUAUAAACAACUGACUGAUCGCAGUGCACUUGUCGAUGUGACGUUAUACUGUACAUUUUGACGCAUAUUUUGUGUAGAGAGAGCCGGAUUAGACAUAUUUUUAACAUAGAUAAAUGCAUUUUAUAAAUGAACAGAGCAUAAUCUUAUAACAAUUAUUUAACCAUCAAAUCAUAUCUAUUAUGUUUGUUUUGAUUCUACAUGUGAUUAGUUUUUAGAGCAUGUAUUAUUUUGUUUCUAGAGUGUUUAAUGUACAAGUUCGAUGUGAUUGACAUUGGGAAGCCUAUCUAAAUCCGCUUUUUACAAGGGCAUACACUAAACAGAUCAUUACGAUCUUUUGGAUAUAAAUUAAGGGAAUUAUUAAUUUAUUACAAAGUGAUGCUACUUUGAUGAAAUCUAAAGAAUGAAUUAAUAAAUAUGUAAAAUAUUAAGCCAAGCUCAUUUUGAAAACAGCCGGAGCUCUUUUCUUUGAUAUUUAAUCUAAUAUAAGAUGAACUCUUUUCAAAGCAGCAGCACUUUUUAGAAUCUACCAGAAAAGCAGAAUUUGAUUAUCAUUUAAAUUUUUAAUUCAAAUAAGGGUAUGUCCUUGUGAUAUUGAAAUUUGUUUAUGACCCCCACUAGGUAGAAUUAUCAACACAUGUUACGUGACUAUUGAUUCAGGGGACCACACUAAGUGUCAAACAAAGUAGCAUUUACUAUACUGUUUCAUUCAAUAACACAUUUAUGUCAUGAUAAAAUUACUUUACAUAAAUAUUAUGUAAUAAUAGAUGCAUCGUUUUAUGAACGUUUAAAUCCGUGUUGUAAUCUAUCCUGUAUCCAAGUAUAUCCUUUGUACCCACUGUACCCUUUCCUUCAGCUCAUUUGUUAGACAAAAAUAAAGACUUCUUAACCCUUGUAUCACUUUUU